GGUCUAGUAAGGUGAAGGUUGUUGACAUUCGACCAGAAAUUUCUAAACAGCGUGGUAAGAUUUUGUGAGUAAAAUAUUAAUCCAGCAUCAUGGAUCAGAUGCAACUAGAACUUCUGAAAGAAUUUGUUAAAAAUUUGAAGAGGGACCCAGAUACUAUACACUUGCCAGAGUUGAGCUUUUUCAAGGAAUGGCUAGUUAGUUUAGGGGCAAAUUUACCCCCUCCAAGUAAACCAGAACCCACAAAGGGGGAGCCAAAACCAGAACCAGCAAAGGAACCUGAGCCUGAACCUGUACCAGAGCCAGAACCAGAACCAGAAAGUGAAGAAAGUGAUUUAGAAUUGGAUGAGACAGGUGUAAUUACUGAUGAUGAUGAGGAAUUACCUGAGUAUGCUGAUGCCAGUGUGGAAGUCACGGAAGAAAUGUUAGAUUCAGCUGACGAGAAAAGGAGUGCUGCUAUGUCAGCCAUGUCUGAAGGAAACUUAGAAGAAGCUGUGAAAGUGUUUACAGAGGCCAUCAAGGUCAAUCCAAUGUCUGCUUUAUUGUAUGCAAAGAGAGGGAGUGCAUUUAUCAAAUUGAAGAAAUUAAAGAAAGCCAUACAUGAUUGUGAUAAAGCCAUUGAACUGAAUCCAGAUUCUGCUCAGGGAUACAAAUGGAGAGGAAUGGCAAAACGAAAACUAGGACAGUGGGAGGAUGCCUACCAUGAUCUUACAAUAGCCUGUAAACUGGAUUAUGAUGACACUGCAAAUGAGUUGCUACAUGAUGUUACACCUAAUGCAAAGAAAAUUAUGGAACACAAGAGGAAAUAUGAAAGAAAGAAGCAGGAAAAAGAAUUAAAUGCCAGAAAAGAAAGAAUCAGGAAAGCAAAAGAAGAUUAUGAAAAACAAAGACAGGAAAGCAGCACUGGAUCAUCAGGAGGAUUUCCUGGGGGAUUCCCAGGUGGUUUCCCAGGGGGAUUUCCUGGAGGUAUGCCUGGGGGAAUGGGAGGUAUGCCCGGAGGAAUGGGAGGCAUGCCUGGUGGAAUGGGUGGCAUGCCUGGAGGAAUGGGAGGCAUGGGAGGAGGUAUGCCUGGUGGAAUGGGAGGAGGUAUGCCUGGAGGAAUGGGAGGAGGUAUGCCAGGAGCAGGAGCAGGGGGUGGUGGAAUGCCAGAUUUAUCCAAGCUACUCAGUGAUCCAGAAAUUCUUUCUGCAUUCCAGGAUCCUGAAGUGUCUGCAGCAUUUCAAGACAUCAGUACUAAUCCAGCUAAUAUUUCUAAAUAUCAAAAUAAUCCUAAGGUACAGACACUAAUCAACAAAAUGGCUGGAAAGUUUGGUCAACCACCACCAGAGUAAUUUAACAUUGUAAAACCACACCAUUAUCACAUCAUCGUGUUUAUGAGAGAGUUCAGAACUACAAAUUGACCUUUCUGUAGCUAUACUAAGUGAAGAUUUGUGUAUGAUUUUUGUUUUACUGUUUUGUUAACGUUUAUGUUAGUUUUUCAGAGAAAAUGCAUACAAAUUGAUUUUCUAUUGAGUAUUCCACAAGUAUUUAUUUGUAAUAAAGGUUCCUGAAUAGCCAAGGAUAUGGCAAGUGUAUAAUGGACCUGAAGAGAUUUUCAACCUUUAUGUUACACAAAAUUGUUUUUCAUUCUUGCAUCAAGCUGUGAAUAUACCUUUAUCUUAGUUCAUAUUUUCCUUUUUUUUAAAUUUUAAAAUGUAGUUAAAAAUUGUUUCCAAAAAUGAUAAGUUAUCAUCCGUACUAUUUUUUGUAGACUGAAAAUUUAAAGAACAACAAACGAAUUUGGUGUGGUUUCAUAUUUUUGUGCCAUAAAAGUAUAACUAGUGUUAACGGUUGUUAACAAAAAACAGAAUUUUACAACAUUGUAAUCAGUUUGUGCUCAGCUGAAUUUUGGAAAUAAGUAGUACUAAUUGUCUUAACAGUUUUCAAUACAAUACAGACUAUUACUGGCAGUGUAUAACCAUUUCAAAGUCCUUUCAAUAUACUUCAGACAUGUGUAUUGAUAAGGGCCAUUCUAUUAAAAUGUAUGUGGGAGGGUGGGAAGGGACUUUCAAAAUAUCCCUACAACCAAGAACCAUUUUUUAGAUAAUUUUGCAUAAUGGUAAUACAUGUAGACGCAUACUGAAAAAAGACCCAUGACCCACAUUCAAUAAUUAAACUUCCUUUCCUACCCUCCCACAUACAUUUUAAUGGAAUAGCCCUAAUAUUACUCAUAUUGUCAUUUAUUUUGCUGUAUAUUCUUUGUUGUUGUUUUUUUCACUAGAAAUCAGAAAAUGAGUGUCAAUGCAUUGAGAAACAAACAUUUAGAAAAAAAUUUUACUGUGCAAGUAAUCUGAUCAUUGAUACCACAUAACAUCUGUUUAAAGAACAGUAGAAUUUGGUGUCCACUACAAAGUUAUCCUGUAUAAAAGUAGCUAGUGCUAUUGUACUGGAAUAAUUAAAAUGAUUAAAUUUUAGUAUGUUCUAAAAACUAAGGAUGCAACUCAUCUGACAAAGUUUUCUAGUGGUUUUGGUUGUUCAUUUUACCUGUAACCCUACUUGGUUUUCAUGCUCAGAAAGGUUAUUUAUUUUUAUUUCCAAAUUUUAGGUCUCCCACAAACCUACUUAAGGUUAUUCCAGACGUGUGUUGUGAAAACUGAAAUGCAUUUUUUUUCUUUUGUAUAUCAUUAUUCAUUUUGUUUCGUACCAACACAUUUUUCUUUGAAUAGAUUAACUCAUGAUAAGGUUUGUCAGACGAGUCUUAUUUAGUGCUUAUUAGUUGUCAUAUAACUUCAAUCUUCAAUGAUAAAUUGUGCAUUUUGUAUAUUUAUGUAGAACAAUUUAUUGCAUGCACACAUGUAAGGUUUUGGUAUUCUUAAUAAAAUAUCAAAUAUUGAUUUUUUAAAUAAACAACUGAUAUAUACUACAAAUCUCUUCUUUAAGCUUACACUCACAGUAGCAAAACAUUGUACUGAUAUAACGAUAUGAACCUGUCAUGAACAUUCCAGUAGUUUUCAUAACAACGUGUUGUAUAAGUAUCCUGGAGUUAAACUAGCUAAUAGCUGGUAUUAUUUCUUACAUUAGAUGAAUAUUCACCACUGCAGAGUAUUUGCACAAGGAUUUCUCUUUUUUACCCUCUUUGCAAAGAUAUUUUUCGUUACCCUUUACAGAAACGCUUAAUCAAUUGUGCAUAGCAUUGAAUGUGGUUAAUUUGGUAGAGUCUUAAUACUGAUAGUCAUGUAUGCUCGUGGAAAAAAUAAUGCAAUUUGAUUUCAAUGGUUAACUUAACAAUUUACUUUUGAUAUUCUGUGUAAUUUAAAGUCAUGUAUGCUUGUUGAAAAAAUAAUGCAAUUUGAUUUCAAUGGUUAACAAUCUAUUACGAUAUUCUGUGUAAUUAAAAAGAUAUAUCAUAUUAAGGAUGGGUAUUAUGAUUAAUGCCAGUCUAGAGAAGCUUGCAGCUCAAAAAAUUUAAAAAUGUCAAGACAGAUAUUUGUUUUGCAAAUACCUCACUUGAGCAUUAUACAUCUAUCCAACAGUCUUGCUUCUUUGCAGUGAUUUGCAUCAAGUAAACUGAUUCUUCUGUGAUUUUUGUCUCGCCUUGACAGAGUCGAAAAGCGAGACAUAGGUAUGCUGUUUCCGGCAUCUGCGGCGGCGGCGUCAACAAUGUAUUAGUUUGUGAUUAGGUCUAGUUCAUUGUGAAUCACUAGUGGUAGGUCAAUGAUAUUUGGUAUGCAGUUGUAUUAGCAUUGGCACAUCUCAUUACCAUGGAGAUUAUUUGGCCCCACCCCUCAGUCAAGAUCUAUUGACUUUGAAACUUUUCAUAGUUUACAUGUAUUAGUUUGUGAUUAGGUCAAUUUAUGGGGAACCACUAGUGGUAGGUCAAUGAUAUUUGGUAUGCAGUUGUAUAAGCAUUGGCAUAUCUCAUUUCCAUGGAGAUUAUUUGGCUCUGCCCCUUUAGUCAUGGUCUAUAGACUUUGAAAAUUUUGCUAAGUUAACAUGUAUUAGUUUGUGAUUAGGUCAGUUCAAGGGGAACCAUUAGUGGUAGGCCAAUGUUAAUUGGUGUUCAGUUGUAUAAGCAUUAGUGCAUCUCAUUUCCAUGGAGAAUAUUUGGCCCCGCCCCCUCAGUCAUGGUCUAUUUACUUUGAAACUUUUGCUCAGUUUACAUGUAUUAGUUUGUGAUUAGAUCAGUUUAAGAUGAACUGCUAAUGUUAAGUCAAUGAUAUUUGGUAUGCAAAUUUAUUGGUAUUUGCAAGUAUCGUUUCCAUGGAGAUUAUAUAGCCCCACCCCUGAUCAUGGUUCGUUGACUUUGAAACUUUUACAUAGUUUACAAGUUAAUGUUUGUGUUUAGGUUUGUUUAAAGGGAAUGACUUAUAAUAAGUCAAUGGUAUUUGGUAUGCAGUUGUAUUAGCAUUGGCACAUCUCAUUCCAUGGAGAUUGUUUAGCCAUGUACCUUCAGUCAUGAUUCAUCGACUUUGAAUAUUUGCAUAACUUACAUGUUAAAGUAUUGCUAUUUUAAUUUCAACAUUUGCAUUAUCAAAAUUACAAAAAGGCGAGACAUAUCUCUGUGAUAACAGUUUAUUAAUGAACAACGACCCCCUUGCUAAAGUAGAUAUUGGAUAUGUUGUAUUUAAGAAUUUCCAAUCAUCCAGUAUUUAAUUAUUAAUUUCUUAGUUUCCAAAUUAAGCUUUGUUUGUCUCAAUUUUUUUUACUGACUCAUCCUUUUAUAGGCUCUGUUUAAACUUUUAAAAAUAAAAAUAUUAUAAUUACA